AUGGCUGUCGUAGCGCGCUUUGGCCAGCAGGGGGCGGGGCAGCCCGUCCAUCACGCCAAGCGCACCCCAGGCUCCCUGGCGCUCCCCUGCUCUGCUGCAGACCAGCCCUGGCUGAGCUCCCUGUCCGGCCCGGGGAGUAAAAGAGGUGGCUCCUCUUUCUUUUUUCCAAAGAGAGAAAAGCUAUUCCUCACAGAGCCUAACUCUAAUUCUCUACUUACAGAAAUCCAAACUGCAUCUGAACUACCCGAGGAAAAGUGUACCCUAGCAGAGGAGCAGACCUUGAAAGUGGACUGUCCCAUCACCCACGACACGGACUCCAACAGCCGGAAGGCUUGGCAGAGUCUGAAAGGUAAAGGGGAGGUCCAGACGCUGGCAAUCACAGAGAGAGUCUCGGGGGAGUUUAGUCAAGUCCAGGUGGGGAGGUACUUCCUAAAAGACGUCCCCAGUGACAGCAUGCUGCUCUCACUGUGGCAUGUGGUACAUGUCUCUUUUCGAGUGGAGGACACAGGACUGUACCGAUGUGUGAUCUACCAGCCUCCCAAGGACCCCAUCAUCCUGUUCUACCCUGUCCACCUGGUGGACCAAGAGUGAGUAACCUGGGGGUGGGGGGUUGAGGGUGGGGAGAGCCAGGACGGGUGGGGGUGGAGCAGUGGUGGUAGCACGAACGGGGCUGUGGCUCAGGAUUCCUAGACGCCUGUGCUCCCCCAGAAGCUCCUUGUCUCUCAUUUGAGGCCCUUGAGAGACAUUUGGUCCAACAGUAAGAAGGGGCUUCUUUGUAUGGGAUUCUUCUUGGGGAGUAGAGCCUAACGUGCUAUGCUGUUGUAGGAAGUGGGUGAAAGGUGAGCGGUGGACUUAGGACAAUUUAGUCUCAUUCUUCAGGUCUUCAUGCAGUAGUCAAUUCCUUGGGAAGCCUCUGUGAGUCCCCUCCCCCUCCUAAGGAUGCAUCUGAGGACCCUCCUGUGUGCUUCCAAAGCAGUUCUCCCCAGACCUUACUGUGGGCAUGAAUCACCUGGGGAUCUUAUUUCAAAUGCAGACCCCGAUGCAAUAGGUCUUGGGUGGGACCUAGAUUCUGCAUUUCUGAUCUCUUUGAUAGACAGCACUAUUUCACUGGAUUAAGUAGUGGCCAGUUUCCUUAUCUGUCUCCCCUAUUCAUAUCUGAGAUCCUUGAGGGCAAGACCUGAGCCUUGUUCGGCUCUAUAUCCCUAGCAACUAAUGAAGUGCCUGGCACACAGUAGGGCCUCCGUACAUGUUGAUCGGAUGAAUUAAG